GGACGAUAAGGCGGGGUGUAAAGAAAACACGCCUCCGCGGGCGCUGAAGAAGCUGCUGCUUCCACCGUCUGCGGACCUUAAGAAUCAUGGAUAAUUAUGUAAUAAUUAAAAUGAUUGGAGAAGGAGCAUUUGGCAAAAUAUUCUUAGCCAGAAAAAAAGAGGAUAAUCAACAAUGUGUUAUCAAGGAGAUCAAUUUAACUAAGAUGCCAAGGAAGGAAAAAGAAUCAUCUCAGAAAGAAGCAACUCUUCUAGCCAAAAUGAAGCAUCCCAAUAUUGUAGCUUUCUACACUUCCCUUCAAGAGAAAAAUAACUUGUAUAUUAUGAUGGAAUAUUGCAAUGGAGGUGACCUAAUGAAAAGAAUAAAUAUGCAACGUGGAGUGCUCUUUGAUGAGGAUAAGAUCUUGGGUUGGUUCGUGCAAACUGCCUUAGGCCUGAAGCAUAUACAUGACAGGAAGAUUCUGCACAGAGACAUAAAAACACAGAACAUUUUUCUUAGCAAUGAUGGAAAAACAGCAAAACUGGGAGAUUUUGGGAUUGCAAGGAUGUUGAACAAAGAUAUAUGGUCUCUUGGCUGUGUGUUAUAUGAGUUGUGUACUUUAAAGCAUCCUAUAAAGAAUUAUUUGCCACCUGAGAUCAUUGAAGCAGAAUUCAGUCAUACUGUUAUUCACAGGAAAAAGUCAUCAGCUUCAUCAUUAGGUCAGAAACGAAGACUCCAUGAUUAUCGUUCUCCCAAAAUCAAGAUGGAAAUGCUUCCUAGAAAAUUAGUGUAUAAAAAUGAAUGCUAUUCUCCUUCAAGGAUUCAGGAUCCAAUUAUUAAGCCCUUGGGUCCUGCGUUUAAAAUAUGUAAGAAGCCAGAGGUCAUUAGAAUGUGUGGACAUUAUGACCAUUAUUACGUAAAGCUGGCAAGCCUGCAAAAGAGAGCGUUAGUCCAAGAUGAUGAUCCCUGUAUUGGCCAGAGAAUGGAAGAAUAUUAUAAGCAGAAAGGACAAGAACCACCUCCGCCUCCACCUCAUGGGCCUUCAGAAUAUCUUCAGAGACGAUUUAAUGCUCAGCAAAACAAGUUAAAAGUAGAGAAGCAACUGGGGCUACGGCCAUCUUCUGCUGAAUUUUGUCAGCUGCAGAAUCAAGAAAUGAAGGAAGAACAGCUCAAAGUCUGUAAUAAUGCUCUUCCUCAAAAAAAUGAAAUGAAAGAACAGGAAUACCUGAAGCAGUUAUAUGAAAUUCGCCAACAGUACCAGAGUGAAGUAAAUGAAAUUCGCCUUAAAGCAGUUAAGGUUAAUGAAAAUAAAAACAUAAGGGACAAAACCUAUAUUGUGAAACUGGGAAAGAGUGAGGACCAGUCUGUUCCUGAUACUAAUUAUGAAGAAAGAAAUGAACCAGGCCAGGACAUGGAACAAAACCUGAAACAAAUUGGUCUACAGAGAUGGCAGGAGAAGAACAAUCCAGAAGUACAACAGAAAGCAAAGAGAGGGGUAAAGUUUCAGAUUGAUCUAACAGACGAUGCAGCAGAUGAGAAAAACAUCCCGGAAGAAAAUGAGCAGCAUGAUAAACUUAAUGAAACACUGACUUUUGAACAUGGAGAAAACCUUAAGAAAAAACUGGCAAACUAUGAGGAAGAAUUACGGCACUGGAAGAUGGAAGCUGACAAUGAAGAUGCGAUAAAUGACAGAAAACACUGGCAAAUCUCAACUCCACAGACACUAUUGAAUCACUUAGAAAAUGUAGAUACCACAUCUGUAUGGAAUACUAUGGAUGAAGCUGGCCAGGUAAAUGAAAUACAAUCUGAGUUCCCUGAAAUUAGGAAAAAAUGGAGCCCAAGAUUACCAAGUACUCUAAUGAACAUGUUAGCAGAAGCAGAAUGUACCAGUGACACCUUGUGCCAAACUGAAGAACAUAAAGAAACAAUAAAUCAGGGGAUUCCAGAAUCUAUUAAAGAUGCUCCAGGAGUUAAUUUGGCUGCUAACCCAGAUGAAAGUAAAGUUGAUCCAAGAUCAGAUGAUGAAGAUACAAACUUUGAAGAAUCUGAAGAUGAACUGAGAGAUGAGCUAGUGGAAUCUUUAGAAAAUGUGGUAACAUCUCUAGAGGAGGAAAUUUCAAGAAGUCCAGUUGAAUCGGCAAACAUGGAACAACAAAAACAAUUUACAGACGAUAGCAAACUUAGCAAAUCUAAUGACAGUUUGGAAAAUAAUAAUGACUUGGCUGGAGAAAAACAAAGUGCAAUCAGUUAACACAUUCUUGGGUAAUAAAUACUUAAGAAUUAAUAAUAACCAAUUGUAUACAUGUUAAGACCAGAGUUUAGAAAGUGGGUGCUUAAUAUUUUCGUUAUAAAUUUUACACAGUAGCCUAGUAUAUCAAAGUAAAAAUCUCUAGAGCUGGAAUUCUUCUCUCUUGGUUUGUAUAUAUCUCUUUGCUAUUAAUAAACUGUCAGUGUAGAGAUACUUUCAAGGAUGCACCUCAAUAACCAAAUUUAUAACACCAAUAAAUAUAGAGCUUUACUACUCAUCACCAUGUUUCAUUUUUUUGGAUGAAAACAGAUCUUAACUUAAUCUAGAUCUAAUUCUCAAUAAAAUGGUAAACCUGGAUCUGGGCUGGACUAAUUCUUUUGUUGGUGAGGGAGCUUAAGUAUUUGAAUUCUCCAAUGGAGGAAAUAUAUCUCAGUAUGACAGCAAAAGUUAAGAUUAUUUUAACCUAACUUCGUUGAAUGUACUAAUUUUAUGAGUGGGGAAUUCAGUUCUAUAUUGCCUCAGCAAUCCUUUAAAAAAAACAAAUUCAUAUGUAAAUUGAUUUUUCUGAGGUCAUUAUCAUAUAUGUUAUCUGACAACUUCAGAUAAUGUA